AUGGACUCAAGCAGCAACGAUGAAAUUAUUUGCACUGCUAAAGGGUACUUUCAAAAAGAAAAACAUAUUUCGGAGCUGAAAAUCAUCUUCCGCCGGCCAAGUUGGCUGAUAACGCGCGAGCCCAGAUCUUCUCUAGUCGUUGAGUUAACGCCACACUUCACUCACAAAUUCUUCAACAAAAAAGCUCAUCAAUCGCCUCUUCGCCCGAAGCCCCGUUCCGUCCAAGCGAGCACAUGGUACGUUGAGUGGUGGUGCUCCCCCGAAGAAGAAUUGUCAUCUGCCGUAGGGGCGACUAAAUUCGUUUUCGCCACGAAUCAGGCGGCCGAGGCUCGGAGUCUUGAUCGUGGCCUUCGAAUUGCAAAAACAAGUUUAGAAAAGAAGCCACAAAGUCAGCCGAGAAGUUUGCAGAAAAACACUCGUUAUAAUAAUUAUGCGCCUGACCCGACUUUGAUCACUAAGCUUGGCGAGAGCAAAUGCCACGAUCUGAAUAACCAUUUAAAACCUCAACCUUCCUCUCAAAAUGCUCGAUGCAGUUCAUGUGGAAAGCCGCUCUCGACUAGUCGCCGCGUGCGCUGUUGGGCCCGACUGUCUUCCAUCCUUUGCUGCACGAGCGAAUUCGAUCAUCUUCUUUCAGAAAAACCCGCUUUGUAA